AUGGACCCGCCAAAGAAGCCGCACAAAACCGUGGACGCGCCGAGCUACCCGAUGGCCACGGGCCAGCCCAUUCAAGUGACCGCCCGCUUCCCCGCCGCCGCUGUGCAGACUCGUGUGCUGCCCAACAACUCCAACAUCCGCCGUGACGCACAGGGCAACGCGCUCUGCAACAAGUGCUCAGUGCCGUACCCGCUUCCUGCAGGCUGCACUAGUUGGAGAUGCCGCAGCUGCGGAGAACUCAAUAACGCCAGCAUCUACGGCAACGAGUGGUGCAACAUCCUGUAG